AUGAUUAUUUUUCAUCAGCUCAAAAUAUUCUUAACCACUUUCGUUGUAUUAAUCAAUAUUAAUAUUGUUAGUACAAAUGAAAAAUCAAUUGAUAUUCAAGAUUCACCUGUAAAUCCGUCCAAUUAUGAGGAUGCCUAUUAUGAUGGUGAUCAACAAAUACUACAACCAGUUGAAGAUUUUCAAACCAUCGAUUGUUCAAUACAGUGCUCACCACAUUGGAUUGAACCUGUUAUACAACAAAAACAAACAUUAGUUUAUCCAACAUCAGCAUCUAUACAAUUGAAAUGUCCUUAUCGAGCAAAACCAAAAGCUAAAAUAACGUGGCUUAAAGAUGGACAUAUAUUUGCACCGGAAUUAGCUGAACUGUUUUCAAUCAAUGAUGCCUAUUUAAAUAUUUCAAAAGCAACGAUGUAUGAAGCCGGAAUGUAUACAUGUAUUAUUGAAAACAGUUUGGGCAAUAUAAGUCGAUCGUUUCAAUUAAUUGUACAAGGUCGUAGUCUUGAUCGGCCAGUAUUUAUAUCCAAAUCAACGAACUUGACACAAUAUGAAGGCGAUAAUAUUACAUUUGAAUGUUCAUUUUAUUCUGAUUCAAGUCCAUUUGUUCAAUGGUUUGUUCGACGGCACGGAAGUAAAAUUAAAGAACAGGAUCAAAAUUAUGAAUUGGAAUUUCUUAAGGAAUAUAAUCCACAUACAAUGUCGGAAGAUGAAGUUAAAUUGCUAAAUAUAAAAAAUUUAAAACGUAAUGAUACAGGUUCUUAUCUAUGUCGAGUUUUAAAUGAAUAUGGUUUUGCUGAUUUAAUUCAUAAUCUUAUUGUUUUACCUGCAUCAGAACGUCCGUCAUUACUUCAAAAUCUUUCGAUGGGCACGCGUCAUUCUAUAUCAACAAGAUUACCUGACGAAUUAAUUAUAACUAUCGGCUGCAUAAUUGCAAUAUUAUUAUUUGCAUUUAUAUUUUUUCUUAUUUAUCAUUUUCGUAAUCAGAAAAGUUUACGAAGAACUUUAUUAGCAACAAGAAUUUUAGCUACACGUGGUAUUAGUACUUUAAAAACUAAUCAACUCUAUCGAAGUGAUAUUGAUCAAAAAACGAAAAAACCAUUAAUGAAUGAUGGUUGCCAUCUUUUUCCAACUGAAGGAACAAUAUCAACAAUUAUAUCAUCGUAUUAUGAUGAUCAAUGUGAAUUUCCUCGUGAAAAUCUAUCUAUUGGUCAUUUAAUUGGUAAAGGUGCAUUUGGUUUUGUAUAUCAAGGUUUAGCUAAAAAUAUUAAUUCAAAAGAAAAACUAACAACAGUUGCAAUUAAAACUGUACAAGAUGAUGCAACACCGGAUGAAAUUGAAAAUCUACUUAAAGAAUUAUGUGUUAUGAAAAUGGUUGGUAAACAUGCCAAUAUCAUUUCAUUACUUGGUUGUUGUACUAAAGGAGGUCAAGUUAUGUUAAUUGUUGAAUAUGCAAGAUAUGGUAAUUUACGUGAUUACCUACGUCGUAAACGUCCAUCUGGACAUAUUUUAUCGGGUUCGUUUGAACAAGACGACAACGAUGAUGGAUAUAAACAAGAUGAUAAUGAUGAUUUAAUAAAUUCAUUGACAACGAUGGAUUUAAUUUUCUUUUGUUUACAAAUAGCAACUGGAAUGGAAUAUUUACAUUCACAAAAAUGUAUUCAUCGUGAUCUUGCUGCAAGAAAUGUUCUUCUAGCAGAAAGUCGUGUAUGUAAAAUAGCUGAUUUUGGUCUUGCAAGAGAUUUAACACAGACAUAUUAUUAUCGAAAACAAACCGAUGGUCGUGUACCAGUGAAAUGGAUGAGUCCAGAAGCAUUAUUCGAUAGAAAAUUUUCAACAAAGAGUGAUGUAUGGUCUUUCGCUGUUUUAGCAUGGGAAAUCAUGACCUAUGGUGGUACACCCUAUCCAUCGAUAGCUGCUGAACACUUGUUUGAUUAUCUAAAAAAUGGAAAUCGCAUGAGUCAACCAGCACAUUGUCCUCAUGAAAUUUUUCAAUUAAUUGAAUUAUGUUGGACAUUUAAAGAAUCUUUGAGACCAACGUUUAUUCAAAUAUGUGAAAGUCUUCGAUGUUAUCUCUAUGGUUCAUCGCCUAUUGAUUAUUCCGAUUUAGAUUAUGUAGAUUAUCCUCCAUUAUCAUCACCAUCAAUAAGCGAUUUUGCAUCAACAACUGUUCUACCUGUGUCGACCUCAGGUAUUGCAACGGAUACUAAUAGUCACAGUCAGACCACAACAGCCGCCACAUCAUCAUCAUCUCUUUCUUAG